AUGUGCCUGCAGAUAGCUUCUCGCCAACAUUUCGGUUCUUCUCCACCGCCUUCCAUCAAAACCGCCAUGUCAUAUACCAAAGAGCAAGAAGAGAUCGUGACGCGGGUCUUGGCAAAUCAGCCGCACCAGUACUAUGAGAUUCUUUCUGUCUCGAAAACCUCUUCUGACGGCGACAUCAAAAAGUCCUAUCGGAAGUUAGCCAUCAAGCUCCAUCCAGAUAAAAACCCGCAUCCUCGUGCUAGUGAGGCUUUCAAAUAUAUCAACAAGGCAUGGGGUGUGUUGGGCGACCCUUCUAAAAAGCGCAUUUAUGACCAGACGGGUGCUGAUCCCGAUCUGCGUUUUGCUGGCGUAUCAGGCCAAAGUUCCGGGGGCGGCUCUUCUGCCUUCAGAGCUACGCCAGGAUUCCAAGGAGGCUUUGACGGCCAGUUCCAGGAUGACAUUUUCAACAUGUUUUUUGGUGGUGGUGCACGUCCAGGGUCGACAUUCACCUUUGGUGGAAACGGUUUCACUUUCCAGUCUUUUGGUGCAGACGGCUUUGAUCCAUUUACAGGCGCUCGUCGCCAAACUAGACGGCCACAGCAGCAGCAACGCCAAGAAGAGCCAUCUAUGUUCGAUACUCUCCGCCAGCUUGCUCCUGUGCUCAUCAUUUUGUUGGCGACGCUCUUGUCAUCCUUGUUUUCAGGUGAAGACACUCCAGAAUACCUGUUCACGAAAACUUCAAAGUACCCUGUUCAGCGCGAAACUCCUCGACUCCAUAUCCCCUUUUAUGUGGGGGAGAAGUUUGCUGUGCACAAGAGCGACAACAAGUUGCGCAAUUUCGACCACAAGGUGGAAAACCUCUAUGUUCAAGAUAGACGGGCAAAGUGCAGCAGAGAACAGGUUGCGAAGAAUAAUCUUAUGGAGGAUGCUCAGGGCUGGUUUUACACAGACCAGCGUAAGAUGGAGGCGGCAGAAAAUAUGCCCAUGCCACACUGUCAGGAGUUACGCGAUUUGGGACUUCUUUAA